AUGAGGAAAUUGUUUUCUAAAAGGAACCCUACUCCUAAUGAAGUGCCUGACAGUAGAGGCGAAACCGGAUGUGCAUCGAUAAACUCAAGUCAUUCAAGUCACUCAUCUCAUUCAAUACCAAGAUCCCUUAGUAGACAACAAGAAUUUCCGCUAGAUCUAAACAUAGACUCAAAUACAGUAUCUCCCAGCUUUCAGUAUUCGUACAACUCCGAUACUACAUCAUUAUUCAGUUCUAAAAGAACAGUCUCGACUGGAUUAUCGUCUAAUGCAGGCUCCAACACAUCGUAUAACCAAAAGGGGAAUGAACAGUCGAAAAUUGUUAGUAGAGGUAGACCAUUAAGAGUCCUACUAGAAGAAGAUCAAGAGGAAAAUUAUGAACUACAGAAUCUAGCUAGCCCAGCAAUGAUGGGUAUUGCCACAAAUAGUGAAGCUUCUAUGCAACCAUAUAACCAAAAUUCAAGUUUAUCAACUUCAGCGGGACUUAGAGCCAAGGCAAGGAAGAAAUCAAGUAAUGCAGAUGACGCAUCUAUUCUAACUGAAACUUCUAGCUCUAGUGCGACAACAUCGAACUUUGAGGGGGUUCUUUCAGACAACGAAAUUGUAACUCAAUUGAAUGAAUAUAUCAAAGCCCAGCUUAAAAUCUUAGCCAGCUCGAUUGAUAACGUCAUCAUUCAGAUUUAUCAAUCUGUCUUGAAUUUAACAAAAGCAACAGUAAUGAUAUCGGAGAGCAUGGAAAUGAUUAUCUUGAAGAUAAGUAAUGCAAAGAAUAUAGGUAUGCUACCUAGAAAACAAUUUGAUACCAUCAAUACAAUUGGUCUUCGCAAACUGAUCAAAAAUAUUUUGUUGUUGGUAGACUCUUUAUUAACUGGGAAUGUAUACAACAAAUCAAAAUCUUUAAUCUUGAAAAAUCUACAUGACUUGUUUGUUUUAAUCAGAGUAUUACCAAAGGGAACACCAGAUUUGUCAAACUUUGUGACAAAAAUGUCUCCUAAAAAUUUUGCUAUCGGCGCAACUGCUAAAGAUCCACCAAAUAUAAGCAAAGUGGGCUUUAUUAUGGAUAGAAUUUUGUCACGAGAUACCCGGCAAUUCUUUUCAGAUCAAAAUGGGUCUUUCAUAGCCCCUGUUCUGAGGGGAUUUAUUUUACCAGAACUUUCAAUAAUCACUUUUAUUUUUGGAUUUCCCAUGAUUUCCAAAGAGCAUCAAGAUGUCAUUAAGUAUUUUUCGACAAUAUCAGCUGAUAUUCAUUUUUUACUGCAGAAGAAUAAGAUUAUACAGGCAAGCGGAAUGAGACUUAAAUCUCCUUUCCGACAACUGGAUGAAGAUAAUGAUUAUGUUCCUAUUUCAAUGUCUAUAUCAACUGAUAUAUCAACAACAACCAGUGGUACGUUAGGUGGAUAUAUUUAUCCAAAAGUUGAUGACGAUGUUUUGAAUCCUAGAUUGUUGAAAUAUAAAGGUCAAGUUUUCGGGCUUACAUGUGCACAUGUUGUAUUGAAUCAAGAGAGUAUCUCAGGAGGUGCUGAAAAGUUACACCCAAGGGUAUUUACACCAUCUCCUGUGCUAAUUAACUUGUAUAGACGAGCACUAGUUAGUGAGAUGAUGAACCAUUCCAACACAACGCCGGAAUACAAGGUUUAUUAUGAUGCUGUUCAGAAAAUCGAUGAAAAAUAUCCAAUUGAGACAAUCGUUGUCAAUAGUAGGUCAAAGAAGAGAAACCUACCACCUAGUAGUUUAGGCAAUGUUGUUUGGGGGGAACGACUCAUUGAUGACAAUAAGUUGAGCGAUAUAGCCAUAAUAAAAAUCAACGAUGGAUCGAAGAAAAAAUUCGUCAAUUAUUUAGGAGAAGAUAUUCAAUUGUCUCAGUAUGACCCAUCCCUAAUACUUUCCAAUUUGAAUAUUAAAAGAACCGUGAGCUUGCAACCUCGUAAACACGGUAUCUUAAAUACAGCUAACCUUAACGUUUUUAAAAUUGGAAGUACUACUAAUUACACCAGAGGUACAUUGAACGGUAUGAAAUUAAUAUAUUGGUCCAACGGGUCCUUACGCAGUUCGGAGUUUAUAAUAUCAAAUGAAGAUAAUAAAGAAGGAUUUGCAAAUGGUGGUGAUUCGGGAGCAUGGAUUUUAUCAAAAUUAGUCGAUGUCAAUGAUACCAUAAACUCGUUUGAUGAUGAACCUCAAGAAAGUGGAACUGAGUCUGAGAGACAAGACGAUUACAAGAACAGUUUGGCGGCCUUUAUUGAGAGUUUUAUACCCAAAGUCUCUAACAAAACUGAACAAAUAAAUAACAAUGCAAAGAAAAAUAAACAGGAAAAUAGACAGACUGAAACUGGAUUAGGUGUAUUGGGCAUGCUUCAUUCAUAUGACGGAGAGUAUAAACAAUUUGGGUUGUUUUCACCAAUUGAUGAUAUCCUAGAUAGGUUAUAUACUAUCACAGGGGUGAAAUGGGGUAUUGUAGGGUGCUUUGAUGAUGACAAUACAGAAUUGUUCAGCAGUAAGAGUAUAGUCAGCGGUGAAAUGUCAUUAGUCUCUACCAGUGAUGAGAACGAUGUGAUAGACUAG